CCCACCCAUGAGUUUCUGGGUGGAGAGGUCUAACCUUAAGCCUUGAAUUAAAGGUGCCUUUGGUCUCUUUCUGGCUUGGCUCUGGUCUGCGUCCAGAGUUCCCGUAAAGUUCUGGAGAAGAGGAGUAUGUGCUCCAGAAGGCGGGAGUGGUCUCUGACUCUGGGAAUUCUACUGCUGCCUCACUUGUUCCUGGCAAUCAGCAUACAAGGCCAUUCAAAAUAUGCAAUCCCUGGCGACAAUGUGACUCUACACAUCUCCAAUCUGCCUAAGAACCACAAGUCACUCACCUGGUUUUAUACUACUGACCAGAAGAUUGUAGAGUGGGAAUUUAAUGAGCCUAAGUACUUCGAUACUAAAUUUAAGGGCAGGGCCACACUUGAUUCUCAAAGUGGCGCACUGCACAUCCGCAAGAUCCAGAAGGAAGACAGCAGUACUUACCUCCUGAGGGUGCUGAAGGACAAUGGAGACGAGGAGGAAUGGAAGAUCUCACUAAUGGUGCUUGACCCUGUACCGAAGCCUGUCAUAACAGUUGAGAAGACAUGGGAAAUGAACAACUGCAACCUGACGCUAUUCUGUGUGAUCCAGAACCAAUCUGUAACCUACACUUGGUAUUGGGAAUCAGGGUCCUUACAGAGCAGUGUGCUUCAAGUGGUCCACAUGCCACAAAACUACGCAAAGUCUUAUACCUGCCAAGUCAGCAAUCCUGUAAGCAGCCAAAACAGCACAAUCAACUUCAUUUCACCCUGUGUACAAGCCUCCUCCUCUGAAGUAGCUCGGACGGCAACUUGGCUAGUGAUCAUUGUAACCACUCUUCUCAAUCUCCUAUGGACCUGAGAAGAGCUAACUAGAGUGAAACUUCAAGAAUUGAAGAUUUUUCCCUCAUUGGCAAUUGGCUAUUAACUAGGACUGAAGCUCUGGCUAUAUGGAAUAGGGGAAAGGACUGAGAUGUUUAAAAGGAGAUUCAAAUAAAAUUUGUAUAAUCACAGUAA